GUCCGAAAUACUUGGCACUCUUACCCAUCUUUUUGCUUCCUGUACUGGAUGCGUCUGAGGAUGUUUCGCCUGGACUCUAUUUUUGUAAUGAAAUCGACACGGUUUAGAUGAUGCUUACUGCGAAAAUGGCUCUGUGUCGAAGGAUGACGUCAGCCAAAUACUCACAGCCAUAAAUGAGCUACGGACGAAGUUGGCUAAUGGGUUGCAAAAGAGUGUCGAUUCAAAAGGAGAUCCAAUAACGCUUCCAGCAGCAAAAAAUAUGAGAAAGAUGGCUUAUGACUGUGCACUUGAAAGAAAAGCUGCGAAUGCUUUGGACGGUAUCUGUUCUGAAACACCAGAGAUGCCGCAGAAUGAAAACGGAUACUUCAUUAGUUAUGCUGCUGCCAUUCGAUCGCCUUUGUGUGCUAUCGUGAUAACUCGUCUGAAUUUUCAGUACUAUCGCCAAAAGCUGGAAGGAAGACUUCUACGAUGUUCAACAAAAAUUUCGAAUCCAAUUUUAUAUUCCUCGUUACUGAAGGAACUGUAAAGUUUAUGCCACAG